AUGAUUCGUCUUGUGGUAAUAUUAGUUCUAUUAACUCUAUCUGAUCUCUCUUUGGCCGCGAAGACCUCCAGCCAGCUCAUCUCACUUCACGAAGAGAACUGGAAGGACAUCAUGACAGGAGAGUGGAUGGUAGAAUUCCACGCUCCUUGGUGUCCAGCGUGCAAAGAUCUGCAAAAGGCGUGGAAUGCAUUUGCUGACUGGUCUAAUGAUCUUAAUAUUAAAGUGGGAGAAGUCGAUGUUACCGUAAAUCCAGGUCUUUCUGGACGUUUCCUGGUUACCGCGCUCCCAACAAUUUAUCAUGUUAAAGACGGCGUCUUUCGGGUUUAUUCCGGUCCUCGGGACAAAAAUGACUUCAUCACUUUUAUUGAAGACAAAAGAUGGCUUAGCAUCGAUGCGGUUCCAGACUACAAGCACCCUAAUAGCAAGCAGAUGGCCGUUGUUGCAGUUUUCUUCAAAUUGUCUAUGGCUGUUCGUGAUCUUCACAAUCACCUUGUCGAAGUCAAAGGAAUACCGUCAUGGGCAUCGUAUUCGUUGUUUGCCGGUGUCACUCUCGCUCUUGGAUGUAUCCUUGGUUUCUUCAUUGUUCUAAUUAUUGACCAAGUUUUUCCCACUGGUUCGAAAAAAGGUGUAGUUCAACCUAAGAAAGAGCCUAAAAAGGAUUCAAACGGAGCCACAAAGAAAGGUAUGUUAGAAAAUAAAGGCAAUUAA